AUGGGAGCCGCAUACACCAUCCUAGGUAAAACAUUCCAGCCACACCAGCUCGCUUUGGCUACUAUUGGAUUAGUUACACUUUUGGCAAUUCCUAAACCAGGUGGAGCCAAGAAGGAGACAACCCCUCAGAUUAAUGCUUCUUCUCCCGAGGAAGAGGCUUUCAUCAAAGAAUAUUUGGCUAAGCACGAUCAGAAGCACGACUAG